AUGGCCUCCAAGCGCCAUGCGUCCCACUUGAAGCAGCCACAUGGCAGUGGCAAGAAAGCCAAGGGGGAAGAGAAGGAUAACACCUGGAACUCCACCUUGGCAGCCCUGAAAACUGCCCCCACGGAGAAGCCCCCUGCCACCAUCGAUAGGCUGUGCCCCCUCAGCACGGUGCCAGGCGCCCAGGUCUACGAGGACUAUGACUGCACCCUGAACCAGACCAACAUCAGCGCCAACAACAACAAGUUUUACACCAUGCAGCUCCUCGAGAACGAUGGUGCCUACAGCAUCUGGAUCCGCUGGGGCCGCGUGGGGGAAGCGGGCCAAUCCAAGCUUAUGCCCUCCACCUCCCUGGACACCGCCAAGAAGGACUUUGAGAAGAAGUUUUGGGAGAAGACCAAGAACAAAUGGGCAGCUAGGGACAACUUUGUGACCCAGCCGGGCAAGUACACCCUCAUCGAGGUGCAGCCAGGGUCUGAGCAGGAGGUGGAGGCUGUCCUCAAGGUGGAUGGUGUGGACGGGGACAAGGUCUGCAAGCAGCGGGUGCUGCCCUGUACCUUGGACAAAGCCACGCAGGACCUGGUGUCCCUCAUCUUCAGCAAUGACAUGUUCCAGGAGGCCAUGCAGACCAUGAAUAUCGAUGUGAAGAAGAUGCCACUGGGGAAGCUAAGCAAGCAGCAGAUUGCAAGGGGCUUUGAGGUGCUGGAGGAGCUGGAGGCAGUGCUGCAGGAACAGCCCCCUCAGACUCCCCGUCUGGAGGACCUCUCCUCCCGCUUCUACACCAUCAUCCCCCAUAACUUUGGGCGGACACGACCACCCCCCAUAAACUCCCCUGACCUGCUGCGUGCCAAGAAGGACAUGCUGCUGGUGCUGGCAGACAUCGAGUUGGCACAGAGCUUGCAGGCACAGAAGGUGAAGGAGGAGGAAGAGGAGGAAGUCACGCAUCCGCUGGAUCAGCGUUACAGCCUGCUCUGCUGCCAGCUCUCCCUGCUGGACCUGGCUUCCCGGGAAUACCAGCUGAUUCAAAACUACGUGGCGCAGACCGGGCACAAACUCCGCAUCCUCAACAUCUGGCAGGUGGCCCGAAAUGGUGAGGAUGAGACCGCCCUCCUGGAGCACCGGCGGCUGCUUUGGCACGGCACCAAUGUGGCGGUGAUUGCAGCCAUCCUGAAGAGCGGGCUGCGCAUCAUGCCCCACUCGGGUGGGCGCGUGGGCAGGGGCAUCUACUUUGCCUCUGAGAACAGCAAAUCAGCCUGCUAUGUGGGCCGCACUUCCAAGAACGUCGGCAUCAUGUUCCUGACGGAGGUGGCCCUGGGCAAGCCCUACCGCAUCACCUGCGAUGACCCCACUCUGUGUCAGCCGCCUGCCGGCUAUGACAGUGUCCUGGCCUGUGGCCGAACAGAGCCGGACCCUGCGAAAGAUGAGGAGCUGCUACUGGAUGACAAGAAGGUGCUGGUGUCCCAGGGCAAGCCCAUCCCCAUGACCACCUACAAGGACUCCUCCUUCAGCCAAAGCGAGUACCUCAUCUACCAGGAAAGCCAGUGCCGGAUCCGCUACCUCGUCCAGCUUCAGUUCUGA